AUGAGGGCCGCGCAACAUGCGGCCAAGCUCUCGUUGGAGCACCAGGCUGCAGGCUUGCCGCCCAUCAACCUGCGCCACCAGCUGCGGAAGUUCAUGCUUGCGGAGGCGGUGGAGAAGGGCGCGGGCGGCAAGGGCAACAAGUUGCCGUGGCUGGAGGUGGCGUCGGGCGCCGCAAAGCUGGAUGGGGACUUCCACAAGAAGGUGCAGCAAAGGCGGGAGCAGCUGUUCAAAGCAUGCAAGCAGUCUGCGCAGGAGCAGGGCUGCGAGACCAGCCAGGCGUGGGUCCAGGAGAUGCAGAUCAUGUGUGGCAGCAGCACCAACGGCGCCGCAGCAGCCGGCUGCACGGCCGGCGGUGGCGGCAACGGCAGCGGCGACAGCAGCAGCAGCGAUGACGCGGCGGCUGCUGAGGCGGGGCGGUUGCUGGCGCAGCGGCUGGCGGCCGCACAGGACCGAAGCGACCGCGUUCUGGCGGCGCACAUGGCGCUGCCCGAUCAGCUGCCCGCGCACCUGCUGAGCCCUGCCGUAGCGCGCGCCGCGUCGAGCGGCGGAAGGGACUGCGCGAGCGGCGGCGAGGGCGGCGCGGCAACGCGCGACGGGCUGGGGGCGGAGGAGGGCCGCGAGCUGGAGGCGUAUUGGAAGGCACGGGUCAAGGCGGCGGCCGGCGACCCUGCGGCGCAGCGCCAGGCGGUGCUCAGCGGGGUCGAGGCGCUCGAGGCAUUCCUGAAUGCGGGCGGCGCCCUGCCCGGCCGCGACGGGCCCCGGCCGGCGCCGCCGCCGCCGUGCGGGAGGGAGGCCAGGGCGCUGCGCGCGCAGUUUGAUGGAGCGGCGGCGGCCUGCGGCGCAGGGCAAGCAGCAGCCAGCUGCAAAGUUCCCAAACAGCAACAGCAGCAGCCGGAGCAGCUGCCUGAGCAGCAGCAGCAAGAGGAGGAGCAGCAGGAGGAAGAGGAGGAGGAGGAGCAGCAGCAGCAGCAGCAGCAGCAGCAGCAGCAGCAGCAGCAGCAGCAGCAGCAGCAGCAGCAGCAGCAGCAGCAGCAGCAGCAGGAGCAGGAGCAGGAGCAGGAGCAGGAGCAGGAGCAGGAGCAGGAGCAGGAGCAGGAGCAGCAGCAGCACCAAGACCAUGAACAGGAUCGGCCAACGGAGAAGCAGCAGCAGGACCCGGGCACAGAGGAACAGCAGGAGCAGCAGCAGCUGGAAGGGCUUGAGACACCACAGCGAGAGCACAGCCAGAGAGAGGACGCAGGGGCACCAGCGCGGCUGCCGGAACUGCAGGGCACAGGGGCUGAGGCAGCCGUUGGCGUCGCAUCAGGGCCAGAGGCUGGCGAGGAGAUUGCCGCCGGCAGCAGUUCCGGUCUUGAGGAGGAGGCCCCUCAGGAGGAGCCGCGGCCGCGCCCGCCCGCCGCCCGCGCCCGCGCGGAGGCCGACGCGGCGGCCCUGCGCGUCAUGCGCGCGCGGCUGGUGGAGACCAGAGCCGGGACACUGUCGUACGACGCCGUCGCAGAGGUGCGCGCGGGCCCGCCCCCUGGCCGCGGCCCCGGGGUCUGA